AUGAGGUUGAUCCUGUUAUUUGGUGCCCUUUUUGGGCACAUCUACUGUCAAGAAACAUUUGUGGGAGACCAAGUUCUGGAGAUUGUCCCAAGCAAUGAAGAACAAAUUAAAAAUUUGGUGCAAUUGGAGACCGAAGAACAUCUCCAGCUUGAUUUUUGGAAAUCACCCACCGCCCCAGGAGAGACAGCCCACAUCCGAGUUCCCUUUGUCAGCAUACCUGCAGUCAAAGUUUUCUUGGAGUCCCAGGGAAUUACUUAUUCCAUCAUGAUUGAAGAUGUUCAGGUUCUGUUGGACCAAGAGAAAGAAGAAAUGCUGUUUAAUCAGAGAAGAGAACGAAAUGGUAACUUCAACUUUGGGGCCUACCACACCUUGGAAGAGAUUUCCCAAGAAAUGGAUAACCUCGUGGGUGAGCACCCUGAUCUGGUGAGGAAAGUGAAUAUCGGCUCUUCUUUUGAAAACCGGCCCAUGAACGUGCUCAAGUUCAGCACCGGAGGAGACAAGCCAGCCAUCUGGCUAGACGCUGGAAUCCAUGCUCGAGAGUGGGUUACACAAGCUACUGCACUGUGGGUAGCAAAUAAGAUUGCCUCUGAUUAUGGAAAUGAUCCUUCCAUCACCUCCAUUUUGGACACCAUGGACAUCUUCCUGCUGCCAGUCACAAACCCGGAUGGAUAUGUGUUCUCUCAAACCCAAAAUCGGAUGUGGCGAAAGACCCGGUCCAAGGUCUCUGGAAGCCUCUGUGUCGGUGUAGAUCCUAACCGGAACUGGGAUGCAGGUUUUGGAGGACCUGGAGCCAGUAGCAAUCCUUGCUCUGAUUCAUACCAUGGACCCAGGGCCAACUCUGAAGUUGAAGUGAAAUCCAUAGUGGACUUCAUCAAGAGUCAUGGGGAAUUUAAGGCCUUCAUUACCCUCCACAGCUAUUCCCAGCUGCUCAUGUACCCUUAUGGGUAUAAAUGUACCAAGUCAGAUAACUUUGAUGAGCUGGAUGAACUGGCCCAAAGGGCUGCCCAGUCUGUGACAAGCCUGCAUGGCACCAAGUACAAAGUGGGACCAAUAUGCUCAGUUAUCUACCAAGCCAGUGGCGGAAGCAUUGACUGGUCCUUUGACUCUGGCAUCAAGUACUCGUUUGCCUUUGAACUGAGAGACACAGGCCACUAUGGCUUCCUCCUGCCGGCCAAGCAGAUCUUACCCACAGCUGAAGAAACCUGGCUUGGCUUGAAGACAAUCAUGGAGCACGUGCGAGACCACCCAUAUUAG